GUGAAGUGUUCAGUAUGUGUUCAGUAGGUUCGGGGUGCUACGUGACUUAGUGUACGUACGACAGUGGACUCAACAGCGGAGUACGUGAAAAUAUAACCUGUGAAACAAAGCAUCGCGAAGGAGUGAUUCAAACAUCUGUUCCAUGGCGACGAGGAUUUCCGUCCAAAGUUGGAGAGCGAUAAGCACAGUAGUUGUUCAAAAUUGUGCAAAUAAAUUAUUGAAAAAUGGGCGAUUCAGAUGUUUCGCUGCCGGCAUAUUGACAACAACGAGCUACGCGUUUUAUCAUGUCUCGGGGAAUCGGGCGGAAGCAGCGAAAUCUCGUUUGGAUACGAGUAAGUUUAUGGCGGAGCCGGUGAGCGAUGUAUCAAAAUUAGAAAAAACACCGGGGGAAAUGAGAACGAAGAUGGAGCUCAUGAUAAUGAAGAUACAAUCGGAUUUCUGUAAAUCCUUGGAAUCGGUGGAGGGUGAAGAGGCUCGGUUCACGGUAGAUCGAUGGUCGAGAAAGGAGGGUGGUGGUGGCAUAACCUGCGUUAUGCAGGACGGAGCGAUUUUCGAGAAAGCCGGUGUCAAUAUAUCGGUCGUGACGGGAGAACUUCCAGCUAAUGCAGUGCAGCAGAUGAGAUCGCGUGGCAAAAAAAUGGACGAAGGUUCGUUACCGUUUUUCGCAGCUGGAAUAAGCGCCGUUAUACACCCACGAAAUCCAAUGGUACCCACGAUACAUUUUAAUUAUCGUUAUUUCGAAGUCGUCAAUAAUGACGGUACGAUACAAUGGUGGUUCGGCGGUGGUACUGACCUCACGCCCUAUUAUCUAAACGAGGAAGACGCUAAACAUUUUCAUCGUACCCUUCAAAUGGCUUGUGACAAACACGAUCCUACGUACUAUGAAAAAUUCAAGAAAUGGUGCGACGAUUACUUCAACAUUCCUCACAGAGGCGAAAGGCGCGGGAUCGGCGGUAUUUUCUUCGACGAUCUUGAUACGCCAAAUCAGAACGAGGCUUUCAAAUUCGUGACUUCCUGCGCAGAAGCGGUCAUUCCUUCGUACGUACCUUUAGUCGUGAAACACAAGGAUGAUGGGUACGGUUACGCCGAACGACAGUGGCAGCUUUUGCGACGAGGACGCUACGUCGAAUUCAAUCUUAUUUACGACCGUGGUACCAAAUUCGGCCUCUACACACCCGGAGCUCGCUACGAAAGUAUUCUUAUGUCUCUACCGCUUGUUGCUAAAUGGGAAUACAUGCACGAACCCGAACCCACUUCCAAAGAAGGAAUUCUCACUGAAGUGCUGAAAAAUCCACGCGACUGGCUGCUCAAUAUCGAAGGCAAAAAAUAAACUACGCCACUGUGCUAUCGUUUCGCAUUUCUUCGUAGAGGCUCUCAACCUAUUUUUUUAUGGGAAAAAAUUGAAUUUUAUACGUUUUAUGAGUGCGUGUAAAUAUUUAUGGGUGUCAUGUGUAUGUGUAAUAAAACUAUAUGGACUGGGA